CGUCUGUCGCUUUAAAUUGGGGCCGGUGAGGCUGGGCUCUAUCCAGAGACAAGCAGGAAGAGACAGAGAGAGCAAGCGCCCGGGGAAGAAUCCACAGAGUGUUCCUCUCGCACGGGAGUAUGCAGCUGCCGUCUCUCCUUAUCUUCUUCAUUCUGUCUGCCGUGACAGUGGCCAGAUCACUGCCGGUGGAGAGAGAGACACAAGACGAUCAAUUGGUGACGCGCUGCAUAAUCGAAGCCCUUUCCACUACUCUUUCCAAAGCCAACGCCCCUCCAGUGAGCUCAGACUGCCAAGCAGUCCUCCAGAGUGGGAAACAUGAAGUAGCAAGAAAGAAAAAUACAGAAGAAAACCAACACUACAAGGAUGAGAGGCACAUUCAGGAAUCUGAAAAGCAUCACUAUGAAGAUGAAGGAAGCCAGGAAGAUAAGAAGCAUGGAGGAGAGCAAUAUGAGGCAGACGAACGAGAUGAUGGUGAAAGUGAGGAACAAAAGCAUUUCAAACAAGCCAAUGGUGAAGAAAGAAACAGUGAAGAUGACAGCAGGGAAGUUAAAGACUUCAAAUCAUUCAAAAGCCCCCAUCAAGUGAAAGACCUCAGAAAUGACCACACUGGCCAAGAGCACUUUAGCAAUGAAGAAAGAAGGUAUGCAGAUGAUCAAAGUGAAAAUGAUGAAGAAGAAAAACACGGGAAACAAAGACACAGUCAGGAGGAUGGUGGGCAAGAACAAAACAGUCCAUCAAAAACAGAUGCUUCUGAGCUUACAAGCCAUGGAUUCCAUCAAAGAUGGCCUCAUGGAUAUGACAAAGGAAAUGAGGAGUCAUCUAAGGAAGAUAAGACAAUUGGUUUAGGUGGACAGUCAGAUGAAAAAAGACAUAGUACUGGAGAAAGGGACAGUCACCAAGAGAUGGAUGGGUCUGAGGAAGAUCUCAAUAAUCAAGACAAAAGAAAUGGCUAUUAUGGCCAUAAGAAAGCUGAAUCUGAAGAGUCAGAAGAGAAUGAUACUGAAGAAAGAGGAAAAGUUCUUCAUGAUCAUAUAUAUUACAACAAAAGAAACAGUUACAGUCAUUUCAAUGAGGAUAGGAGGAAUCCCCACCAAGAUGAGAAGAAUGCUGAUAAAUCUGAAGAAACCAAUAAAGAACUGGAACACAUCAAGAACAAUCACAAUUACCUUAAGGGAAAUAACAACCAGGAAGCAUAUGGGAAAGGCAAGAGUCAUUAUGAGGGUAUAGUAGAUGGACACAAGAGGAGUAACUCAGAAGAAUCAGUGGAGGAAGAACAAUACCAUGGCAAAAGUACCCACAGUGAAGAAAAAGUACAGUCCAGUGAAGAAAAGAAACACCAUAGCAUAGAGGAGAAAAAGAGACAUUAUGAAGGGAACAAGAGACACAGUGAAGAGGAAGAGCCAGAGAAGGAUGUGGAAAAUAAGCAUCACAGUGAGGAAAUGAGGCAUUAUAGUGAAGAAGAAAAGAGACAUAUUCACGAUGAAAAAUGGCUCCGAACUGAUGAAAGCGCAGAAGAGAAAUUUGCCAACAAUGAAGAAGAUGAAGGAGUAGGGAGAAAUACAAAACACUUGCCGAGAAUGCAGAAAGUUUGGUGGCAGAUAAAGCAUAGCAUGGACGACAGAACCCCUGGCAGUGAAGAAGAAAUGAAGCGCAGUGAAGAAAACUACUACUACCCAGAAUAUGAAGGUCAUGGUGGUAAAUGGGAAAAGAAGCAUGUGAAAAAAUAUGAGAAUGAAGACCAGGGGCAGGAAGAGGAAGAUAAUGCAGAACAUGCAUCGAGACAACAUUUUGCCCACAAUUUGGAUGAGAAAAAGAUAUAUAAUAGAAUGGACAAGCUGGCACAAUAUUUGAAAUCUAAGAAAAAAUCAUUUGAAAUCCCAGAACUGUAUGAUUUUGAAGAAAAUGAAAAACAACACCAUGAAGAUGAAAGAAGGAAUAUGAAUCAUAGGAUGCUGACCAAAGAAGAGGAGAAGGAACUGGAGAAUUUGGCAGCUAUGGAUUUAGAACUGGAGAAAAUGGCAAAAAAGCUACAUGGAAGUCAAAGAAAUUAACAAAAUGUCAGAAAAGUCAAUUAGCUUCUCUGCUAUACCAUAUUUUUAAAAAUAAAGAAGAGCCACAUAUAUCAUGCACUUAAAAGUGGAAAGGUGACUUGCACAGUAUCACAAUGUCUUUUGUUCACUAGGUGCGAUGUUUUAGAAUGCUGGUAAUAUUUCCAUUGUGCAUUUCCAUAUUGUUAAGUAUUAUGCAGAUUUAAAAGCAUGAAAGAUUAAAAAACAGGUUGGGUUCCUUGUUCAUGCAAACUGUCAGAUCUUAUCAUCUUCACAUUAAUGUUGUACCAUGGUUCAGCCUAUAAUUUGCUUUAAAUAACAAUAAAGAUGAACUGACUCCAA